AACAACAUUAUACCAUCCAUUAAGGUUGUCGUUUCAAGCAAAAAACAUAAAAACAUGGCUAAAGAUGUCUCCACUUCUCUUUCUUCUUCUCCAUGCAACAACAAUGGAGAUCUCGCCGUCGACGAAUCCAUGCCGGCGGCGAAGAAGCUCAAACUCUUCGGCUUUGACCUCAAAACCAAGACAGACUACGUGUCUUCCAAGGAAGACCACGAGAGCGUGAACUCAUCCUCGUCUUCCACCGUCGUUUCCUCCGCCUCCAGGGAGAAACCCGCCGCCGCACGCGGCGGCGCCGGCGCCGGCGAGAAGAAAUUCGAGUGCCAGUAUUGUUUCAAGGAGUUCGCGAACUCGCAGGCGCUGGGAGGGCACCAAAACGCGCACAAGAAGGAGAGGAUGAGGAAGAAGAGGCUUCAGAUUCAGGCCAGAAAAGCCAGUCUUAGCUGCUAUUAUCUUCAACAACACCCAUUUCUUCACAAUCCUUCUUCUUCUUCUUCUUCAUGGCUAUUCGACCCUUCUUCUGCAAAUCAUUUCACCCCUUUUGAAGGCUCUCAGAUCAGCUUCGGCUCCCAAGAACCCUUUCUCCCAGAUUCAUCCGCCAUGUUCUUCACUCUUACAAGCAAUAAUACCAACCCCACAUCUAGAAAGAUUAGCAAGAAUCAUUCAAACAAAACCUGCAAAUCUUUAGAUCUUCAGCUAGGAUUGAGCUUGCUGCAUUCAACACACUAGCUAUAGAUAUAUAUGUGUGUGUAAUCAUCUUUAAUUUAAUUAGCUUUUUUUUUUUUUUUUUUUUUUUUUUUUCCAGGAAAUUUUUGUUUAAGUUAUUGUCUUUCCAGAUCUGAUCUUCUGUAUAUGCUUAAUAUGGAAAAAGCUGUAAAUUUCCAUCU